GUUUUUCACAGAUGAUAAAGCUGUUCAAUAAUUAUAAAAAAAAAAGAGUGGACCCUCGAAAAUAUCAGCUUAAUUCGAUAUGUAUAAAUAAUUGAUUCAAUCUUUUAUUUUUUCAAUCAAAUUUCAGGAUUUGAAAUCCAAAUAGAAGAUGGAUCGAAUAUCAAAUUUCAGGUUUUGAAAUCCUACUCGGGUUUUUUAAACAUUUUUUUUUCACGGUUUGGAUCAUUUGUGCGGGACCUAGAACGGCCCCGUGUUCCCGUGGUAUACUCCCCGUCGGUUCCCUUUAGGGUUUGCACAAUAUAAAUACUCCGACGAAUCCUAGGCUUCUCAUUCACUGUCUGGGACUCUGGCUUGCAUUCUAUCGGUCACCAGAUAGGAGGCGGAUUUAGGAAUAAUGGGUUACUGCAAGCAAUUCGAUGAACUGUUCGAAGCCGAUUCGGAUCAUGCUGCUGUGGCGGCGGCGGCUGCCGGGAGGUAUACUUUUAUGUGUAGGCAGGAUGAUUAUGCUCCCCUUAUCCCUGUACCCGAUUGGUAUGAUCUCUUUCAUGUCAAUGUAUUGGCCUAUUAUAAAAACCUUGAGAACGAUGUCCUGGUGCUGCGUUCAGACGAUAGUUUUUAUAUGCCUCGCGAAUUUUUUCUGGAGAGAAGGGAUUUGCUGGAGAUUGUCUUUGUUUCCACCCUGUAUUACGUUGAUUUACCGCAGGCUGUUGUGGAAUCAAUAUUUGAUGAGGUGAUCAGAUUGGCCCGUUCGAUGGUGGACGAUGAUGGUAACAAUGUGGUGCACCGCCAGGUGCUGCCUAUGACAGUGGAGAUUGUAAUUAGUGAGAACGAGGAGGAGAUGAGUGCCAGGACUUUGCGCGAUUCCAGAGUGGAUGAGGCCUUUCCCUUUCCCUUGCUCCCUGAGAUGCACUACGAGGCUGUCGGUGAGUGGGCUAUUUCUCAAGUCAGAGGAGGACUAGAGAAAGUGGCUCUUGAGUCCUGUUCGGUUAAACCACGAUGUGUGAUUUGCUUGGACACUAUUUUGGUGGGGAAUCGCAUGCCGUGCUCUCAUAUCUAUCAUGGACACUGUAUUUACCGAUGGCUGAGGAAGAGCAGCUCGUGUCCCCUGUGCCGCUUUGCCAUGCCGUGGAAAUUACUUCGAUAGAUUGAUGGAUAUGUUUUGGUUGUUAAACAUUAUUAUGGCCAUUGAAUUAUUGCUGUAGUCUGUAGUUUAUGGCCCUUAAUUUAUUGUAGUAGAAUGCUUUCGUGUAUGUUGGUUCUAAUGUUUUUUUGUAUAGUCUGUAGUUUAUGGCCCUUAAUUUAUUUCUGUAGAAUGCUACUCUUUUUACCAUUGGGAAUGAAAACGUUUUGGUCACUUGCUUA